UCACAAAGCUUAACGUAAUCCGAACUCAGCCACACCCCCCGCUUUGCCUUUGCCUUUGCCUUUGCCUUUAGCUUUUGCCCCUUUUCUCUCUUUUCUCUCUCUCUAUCUCUCUGGGUGUACCUGAACUGAGCUGGCUUUUUUUGUUUACUAUUUUCCAUUAUCGGAACAAAACAAAAGGUGCUUUCUUUAAUCAUAUCUGUUUUUCUUAUUUUAUGUUUUUUCUCUUUCUUUUUUGGUUUUGCGUCGGUGAUUUAUUGCCAGUACGGGGGGAAGAGAACAGAAAGAAUCUGGAAAGUCUAGUGCUUGCUAUCUGUUUGAAGUGAAGGAGAACAGAAAGAAAGAUUACGAGGACAACUAAGAAAAAGGGUGUUAACUGAGAAGCAAGAGGGAGAAAAAAAAAGAUGGGAGAAACAGAGAAUCACCACCAUCCACCACCGCCACCGCAAGUGGUUCCACCGCCUUCUGCACCACCGAAUCUCGGGCUUUCGAGGGGACCCACUUGGACUCCUGCUGAGCAACUCCACCAGCUUCAAUACUGCAUCCACUCCAAUCCAUCUUGGCCUCAAGCGCUUUUACUGGCUUUCCAACACUACAUUGUGAAUCUUGGAACUACGGUCUUGAUUGCAACUACUAUUGUGCCUCGGAUGGGCGGGGAUCAUGGGGACAAAGCCCGGGUCAUUCAAGCUUUGCUGUUUAUGUCAGGCAUUAAUACUCUGCUUCAAACGCUUAUUGGCUCAAGGCUUCCUACAGUGAUGGGUGCAUCUUUUGCAUACACCUUACCAUUGUUGUCUAUCAUCAAUGAUUAUACUGACGAGGCCUUCACAUCUGAGCAUGAUCGGUUUGUCCGAGGUAUGAGAACCAUUCAAGGAUCACUAAUUGUUUCUUCCUUUGUCAACAUCAUCCUUGGCUAUAGCAGGGCAUGGGGGGAAAUGACAAGAUUAUUUAGUCCCAUAGUUGUGGUGCCAGUGGUUUGUCUUGUUGGUCUUGGUCUGUUUGCAAGAGGCUUCCCAUUGCUAGGUAACUGUGUGGAAAUUGGCCUGCCUAUGCUCAUUCUGCUGGUUAUUUCUCAACAGUACCUGAAGCGCAUCCAUCCAAGGGCCCAUCUUAUACUUGAGAGGUUUGCUUUGCUUUUAUGCAUCGGAAUUAUCUGGGCUUUCGCUGCUAUCCUCACUGUGUCUGGUGCUUACAACAAUGUUAAGCCUGCAACUAAACAGAGUUGCCGCACAGAUCGAUCUUACCUAAUGUCAUCUGCUCCUUGGAUUAAAAUUCCAUACCCGUUUCAGUGGGGUACUCCUAUAUUCAGAGCUACCCAUGUGUUUGGGAUGAUAGGUGCAGCACUUGUUUCAUCCGCAGAGUCAACUGGAACAUUUUUCGCAGCAGCUCGGCUUUCUGGUGCCACAGCCCCUCCAGCACAUGUACUCAGCAGAAGUAUUGGCUUACAGGGUGUUGGUAUGCUGAUUGAAGGGCUUUUCGGUUCUCUUGUUGGUACUACUGCAUCUGUAGAAAAUGUUGGCCUUCUGGGACUUACGCAUAUAGGAAGCAGACGGGUGGUGCAGAUUUCAACUGGUUUCAUGAUAUUUUUCUCCAUAUUUGGGAAAUUCGGUGCAUUUUUUGCCUCUAUUCCAUUGCCAAUAUUUGCUGCCAUAUACUGCGUUUUAUUGGGCAUUGUUGCUGCUACCGGGAUCACAUUCAUACAGUUUGCAAAUAAUAAUUCCAUGAGAAACAUCUAUGUUUUGGGUGUCUCUCUAUUCCUCGGGCUUUCAAUUCCUCAAUACUUUGCAAUGAAUACACCAUUAGACGGUCAUGGACCAGUUAGAACAGAUGCCGGAUGGUUUAACAAUAUAUUGAACACAAUCUUCUCAUCACCUGCAACUGUGGCAAUCAUUGUCGGGACCGUGCUUGAUAACACACUAGAAGCAAAGCAUGUGGAUGACAGAGGAGUUCCAUGGUGGAAACCAUUCCAGCACAGCAAGGGAGAUGUUAGAACCGAGGAGUUCUACAGCUAUCCCCUCAGAUUAAAUGAAUAUAUGCCCACCAGGUUUCUCUAAAGCAUAGUACAUUGUUUGUAUAUUAGCUAAAAAUACGGGCAUAUGCAUGAGGCAUGUGGUAAAUCACUUAUGAAACGUGUCACUGUCGGUCGUUGUGCAGAAUUUUAAUCUUCCUACCGCCACAGUUAUUUUCUUUGCAGUUUAGACCCUAAAGUAAAGUUUUAUAGCUUUCCAAAGUUGGUAAUUAGAUGAAAUUUGACUUGUGCUUGAUAUUAACUGGGUUGGAACAUCAGAAGGAACUAAUCAAAAACAUAUUUAUAUUGCUU